GAACAUGGGAGGUUAUAUUAAAAAUAUUGGCAAUUACACAGACUAGUAAUGUGCUGAUAUGUUGUACAGAAAACAACAGGCAGCAACUAAAUAUUUAGGUCAGUCACACAUCAUAGUCUGUGUAAGUUAUAUUUAUGGUGGUUGUUGUUUUGAAGUGGAUGUCUUUUCCCCUCUGUGUAUACUGUGCAUGGAGGUGUCUGGAAAUCUGGAAUAUAUUGCAAGAUCCUCCCUCCCCCUUGGAAGCGACUUUGAAGCAGUCUGACUCCAGCUGCAGCCUAACGCUGAGAUUAAACCAUGUUAAUGUGAUAACUUGCUUCUCAGCUCGUCCAGAAAUAUCAGUCAGCAGCAAACCUCCUAGGACAGCGUGCAUGCUUUGAGUUAUUUUUUCCCCUUUGGUGCUGCAAAGAACAAUUCGACUUCACUGGAUUUAAGCAUUUCCUCCUCUAUUUGUGGACAGUUCAACAAUGCUUGUUUUAUAUUUCUUCUUUGUUUUACAUGUUCUGCAGUCAGUCAGGGCACAGCAGCUGCUUCAAGGAUCAUGCAGAUUUGAACAAGGCACUUGUGGAUAUAACUCGGAUCCUGAAUACUUGAAAUGGGUUAUUGAUGAAGAAGGGCAUUACAUUACUGCUGAUUCAGCCUUUGGAGGAGCAGGUCAGAGAGCUGUGCUGAUUAGUCCUGACCUGGAGCUGCUGGAGUGGAGCUGCAUCAGGCUGGUGUAUCAGAUCACUGGCUCGGGUUCUUUAAAAGUGUAUGUGAGGCCAGAGGGAGAGAGCUUCGACUACCUUUUGUGGUCGGCCCUGGAUCCCUCAGACAACUGGCUCAUUGCAAGUAUAGACCUGAGAAACACAACUAACAAAUACAAGAUUGUUUUUGUGGCUUCACCUGGGCAAAAACCAGCACAAAGCGUUGCAAUCUUUGAAAUACUUGUUGUUCCAGGAUACUGUGUUGAGUGUAACUUUGAAGAGCAUCAUCUAUGUGGAUAUAUGAACUACUGGAAUCCCAAUGUAAACUGGUACGUAGGUGGAAGUACUAUCCAAGAUGGCCAGUCAGAUCUGCCCGAUGAUCACACAAUGAACAAUGAGCGAGGUCACUACAUGUAUGUGGAUUCUGUCUACGCGAAACACUUUCAGGAGGUAGCUCAGCUCACAUCUCCAAUGACAACAACUACGAUAUCAGGAUGUUUAUCAUUCUACUACCAGCGUGACCAAGCGAAAGGCAACGUUUUCACAGUGUUUACCAGAGACAGAAUGGGCCAUUACGAGGAAAUCUGGAAACCUGACAUAUAUGCAAAGUUAAUGUGGAAAUUAGUAAAAGUGGAUAUAAAAGCCCCUCAUCCUUUGGCGGUUGUCUUUGAAGUUGCUUUCAACAGUGCUAAGGGAGGCUAUGUUGCGAUUGAUGAUAUUUCAUUCUCCCCAGAAUUCUGCAACACUGAGACAGAACCUUUCUUUGAUCCGUCUGUGGCAAACUGUGAUUUUGAAGAAGAUUUUUGUCAAUACUAUCAGGAGCAAACAGAAGGGUCUGUGUGGAACAGGGUUUCAGUGACGCCUAAUGUUUACAGAGUAGGAGAUCAUACAACAGGCUCAGGUUCAUUCUUGUUGGCUAACACCAGGCUUAUAUCUCGGCAAGGCUACGUUGGGCGCCUGUAUGGCCCCUACCUGCCAGGGUCAUUGAUGUACUGUCUGAGAUUUUACUAUGCCCUGCAUGGGUUCAUUAAAACAAACAGCACCCUGGCUGUUUAUAUCUAUGAUGAGAACAAUGUGGUCCAAGAGAAGGUCUGGACAGUCUCUGAAAGUCCAAUGGGCUCCUGGAUUCAGGUUGAAAUCAGUUAUCAAAAACCCAUGCCCACACAGGUAACAUCCUACAAUAAUAGUGUAACACUGUGGGACUGUUUAAUAACCUUGUAUCACAGAUUAACCUAUCCUUUUACAGAUCGGUUUUCCUGCCCUCCCGGUGAAUGCGACUUUGAAGUGGAUAACUGUGGCUACAUACAGGAUGAGAAAGACAGUAGUAACUGGAUACGAAAAAGAGGUCAGACCCCAACAUCAUAUACUGGACCCAAUGGAGAUCAUACAACAGGGGUAGGGUACUACAUGUACAUUGAGGCUUCCCCUAUGAUCUCUGGACAUAAUGCUCGCUUACUGUCGAAUGAACUACGAGGCUUCUUGCAUCAGCAGUGCCUGGUGUUUUUCUAUAACAUGUAUGGUUCUGGGACUGGCCUGCUGAGCAUCUAUUUAAAGAAAGAAGGACAGAGAGAGGAGGUGUUGCUCUGGAGGCGCAGAGGAGAGCAGAGUAUCUCUUGGCUUAAAGGCUUGGUGGAGUACAAGUGUGAUAGGAACCAUCAGAUUGUCUUUGAAGGUGUCCGUGGAAACUCAAUAAGAAGUGAUAUUGCGAUAGAUGACAUUUUAUUUCAAAAAGGACCAUGUAAAGAAUUGGGAGAUUCUGGAUUCUCUGAAAAUUUCAACAAUAUUGAUUACUGAAAACAAUGGGAUAAUUUGUUAAAAAAUAAAAGGAAUGAUUUGUUGCCAUCUGCAUUAAAGCUGAACACAUAUUUUCGUUGACGAAUGUUGAAAACGAAUUUCUACUAUUGUGUUUUAAAAAAACAUGCAUAUAGAACUUAAUAAAUACAGUAUUAGCUUGGCUCCAAAUAACGCAGUUUGUUAGCAGUAGGAAAUCUAGACGUGCUGUGUACUAGUAUAUAACUCUUUACUGGCAACGCAGAUACAGGGUGACCACCCGUCCCUAAUUGGAUGGGACAAUCCCUACAUGUAAAGCUGAAGUCCUGGUCCCGGACAAAAUACCAGAAUUCGUACACACAGUGCAAUCUUACAGUUUAGCGCCACAGUCAAACCAUAGCAUAUCUGUUCGGAGCAAAGCCCCGCCCCUACCGUAUCAUUUUACAAUACCUUACACAGCCACAGAAUGAUUAACACAUUGGAUAGCCAAUCUAAGACAUAAAACUAUAUAAUCCCACUAUCACUUUUUACACAGACGUCACGUUCCCCAACAGCCUGACACUGAUCUGCAUUGGCAACAGCAAAUAAAAUGCAAUAUGCAGAAUAUUUUAAUUUCAGUGUUUUCUUUGUUUAUGCGAAAUGGCUGACUCUCAAUGUAGACGUGACACUGAGAGUAAUACGUCGGUAAAAGAAGGAGUACCCUAUAAGACGUACGCAUAGUUUGGCAGUAUCAUUACAUUUGUAUUUUGUAAUGCAAAUGCGAAUUUUCAAUUUUCAAAAGAAAAAGUUCUAAGACUUUCUGGUGUUUAAAUGUGUUAUUUAUUUUAAAAUUGCAACUUGGUAGCAAAAUAAUAAAGGUGCUUGGAACAGUAAUUGUUUCUGAAGAGUCCUUUAUCAAAAUGCUAAAAAUCCCACAUAUUUCCUAAAGAGCAACUUCAAAGUGUUACACUUAUAACAACCAUCCAAA